AUGGCCAGCGAACAUCAAUUUCCCGAGAGUUUAGCUUGGGUGGAGCGUGGCUCUGUACUUAUUCGACGUAUGAAUUCAGAGCGUAUUGCCGAAGAUCCGCGCGUACGUCGUUUGCUGCUGAAGCUGUCGCUACCCCCAUCGCCCACUGAAGUGGCAGCUAUGGAGGCAAUUGCAGAGGAAACUACGAAUCUUGGCGACAGUGAAGAGAUACUACCAGUGCGUCCUUCUUCAAAGUCACUGCUUUUGGACGGACCAGAAAGUUUUGAGGCUAUUGAGGCUGCCACAGACGACGAUGAUGUGAAACAAGAGAGCGAAAAUACGGCUCCUAACACAUACAGAGUGCUGCUAUGGACUUACAGACUACAGGCUUCAUUGCAAAGUACAGUGCAGUACGCGUUAUUUGCUAAAACCAGCGAAGACGGAUGCUUUAUUCAGAUUGCUCCAAGGGUUUACUGUGUCGCACCACCGCAUAUUACAACAUUCAGUAGACUCUUUGGGGCGUUUUCGUCAGCACGCAAUUGGAAUGCUGCAGUCAAGGUGCUUGAGCAGUUGGAUUCACAGAUGACGAAAAGAUUUGAAGAUGGCGCGUGUGUGUUUGACUGUGGCUUGUUUGAUGGAGUGAAGAGGAUGCAUCAUAAACCUUUAGUGUUUGACGAGUUUUGCGAUGGACGACUUGCUUCCAUUUCAUAUUGCCGCGGGCCAAUUCCUUCCAUGCAUUCUGGAUUUGUCGUAACGUCAACAGUGGCGGCAUGGUUGGACUUGAAACCAACAAAUGUUGCUAUUUUGUUGGCACCUAAUAAUGAGCAAAUGAGUGUGUUUGCAACGUGUUGCACCCUCUACUGUACUGAUGCGUCGUCUUUUCCUGAAGAUUUUGGCAAUGAGCUGCUUGGUGCGUACAUGCACCAUAUAAAGCUUGCAGAAACGUGGCCAGCGAAACUUCAUCGAACAUUUAGUGGCAACGACCCGAAAAACGCAGCAUAUACAGGGGGAUUGCCGCGACCUCAAGCGCGGUACAUUUCCGACUUCGUUAAGCUGCUAGAAAUGCGAGACAGAAAACUAAUAGAUUGCGCCGACUUACCAGCUCUUGAUGAGAAAAAGCAAAAGCUGACGGGAAUUGCCGUUACUCCCGCUGCUCGGUCAAUUUACAUUCGACAGAUUGAUUUGUUACCCGAGCCAAAUUGUGCAGAGGAUGUUGUUACUACAGACGCGGCUGCUUUGUCGCCAAUGGCCGACAUUUGUCGACCUUAUUUUGUCAUCCAGAAUGAAAAGGGGGUCUUGUUUUCUAGCAUGGUAAACGGAAUUCGUAAUGUUGAGCUUCACACUGGAGUGCAUGGUUUUCUUGUGGGAAAACAGUUUGCAAAUUGCAGCGAUCUAAUGCUCAAGAUGUAUCAUUUACCGUUCGGGCAACAAGGAGAGCUAAUUUUCGAGUGCCGGCUACAUGCCAGUAUUUUGCUAGAUCUGCAAGUCGUUGAAGACGAAAUCGGUUUGCAAGGUGAUGAUGUAGGGGUUGUCACGCUGAGUCUUGACAAGGGUGAUUUUGACUGUAUUUCUUCAACCUUUUCGCUGCCAAAGCAGUUUACAGCUCGUGUAUUGUAUUCGCAUACCGCAAAUGCAUUCCCCGCAUUGGAGUUGCCGUUACCUAUCAGACAGAUGGAUGAAAUAAAUGCAUCAGUGGCUACAGAGCAAGAGAAUGGCGCAGUUGCUCAUUUUCGCUCAUUUUCCGAGCAACAACGACGCAAUAGUCAAGCCAAAGCCGUUCAAUAUACUGGUCCGAGUGCUGUCACGUUCCUGUUGAACCAAUCUGGAGUUCGGACACCAUUUGGGGAUCUUACACUAGAGAAAAUUGAUGUUAUUCGAAAGACGUACCAAAAUCGUGUUGAUAUCUAUCUACUUUUUCACGUCGAUGCUGGAAAUGGUGAAACCAAAGUAUUGCCAUCGCGACAUUUCUUCCGCUUUGCAUUGCCGGCUGCUGUUCGCGAAAAAGUGAUUAAAAUGGGGGCGAGUGUAGAGUCAUUAAACGAAAACGUGCCAUCUUCGUUUGACGUUGGCGCAGGAAUGAUGCCUUUUGAUGAGGAGUAUGCGCGAUGGCUGCAACAUUUAUAUGAAACUGAUCUAGAUACCCCCGGAUGUCAAUACGACGACGAGUUUGUUCGAGACAUUCCAGUGUCAGAAGUUCAACCCAGUCUAAAUUAUCGGAUCGUGAGCAUUGAAAUUGAGUCAAACGAUUCACCUUCUGAGCAGGACCAACGCGGUCGUCGUCAACCUCAGGCAAAGUCACGUGGUGCAUCUGCUGUGUUGAUUAAUCAGCUCCCAACUUAUACCUAUGGUGCGUCCAAAGGCAACAAUGAUCAAGGAAACCCCGACUGCUUAAUUUGUCGUUGCGGUUUUGAGCUCGGUGAGGAGAUCAAAUCAUUGCCGUGUUUUCAUUCGUAUCAUUCCGAUUGCGUCGAUUCGUGGCUAUCCCUCAACAAAGUGUGCCCAGUGUGUCAAUUUAGCGUCGAUCAUCCGCAGCAUUAA